AUGGUCUCUAUCAAGGCCGGGCGGCGGUCCGAUUCGCGCCCGCCAGCUCCGGCCAACGACGACGACGACGAGCAAACCCGCCAUGCCACCGAGACAACGCCCUUACUGAUCGGGGGUCAGCUCGCCCCGGACGGCGACACAGAAGCCGCAUCUCUGCUGGUCCGCACCCGCAAGGACGACGACGAGGACGACUCCCUCGACAGCCGCCAAUCCACCGCCGCCCAAGAUGAUGGCACCAAGAAGAAGGGCAAGCCGCUGCCGAAGCUGCAAAUCUUCCUCCUCUGCUACGCCCGCAUGAUGGAGCCCAUCGCCUUCUUCUCCAUCUUCCCCUUCAUCGCGCAGAUGGUGCAGCAAAACGGCCGGCUGCCCGAGUCGGACGUCGGCUUCUACAGCGGGCUCAUCGAGAGCAUCUUCUCGGCCACGCAGACGGCCGUGCUCAUCUUCUGGGGCCGCCUGGCCGACCGCAUCGGCCGCAAGCCCGUCCUCCUCGUGAGCCUCAUCGGCAUGACCAUUGGCCCCGCGCUGUUCGGCGUCGCACGCUCCAUCUGGCAGAUGAUUCUGUUCCGCAGCCUGGCGGGCGUCUUUUCCGGCUCGAGCCUCAUCAUCCGCACCAUGAUGGGCGAUCACAGCAGUCCCGAGACGCAGGCCAUCAUCUUCAGCUGGUUUGCGUUUGCGGGCAACGUCGGCAUCUUCCUGGGUCCCAUCCUCGGCGGCGCAUUGGCCGAGCCCGCGGAGCAGUACCCGGGAGUUUUCGGGGGAAUCCAGUUCUUCAAGGACUACCCAUAUGCGCUGCCUGGGUUCGUCGUCGGAGCCAUCAGUGCGACUGGGGCGUUGACGUCCCUGUUGUUCCUCGACGAGACGCUCAAGAAGAGCAAGGCGUCAACGAGCGGGGGGAGCGGGCCUGCGGUCCACGCCGAUGACCACCACAACGAUGAGGAGGAGCCCGUCAAGAUGUCGCUGCGGGAGCUCACCAUGGCCCCCAACGUCGCCAUCGUCCUGUGGACGUACGGGCACAUCAUGUUCCUGGCCUUUGCUUUUACCGCCAUCCUGCCCGUCGUCCUCUACACGCCCGUCUCUCUCGGCGGCAUGGGGUGCAACUCGUUCCAAAUAUCACUUUACAUGGCAGCGCAGGGAGGCAGUCAGGCGCUGUGGCUGCUCCUUGCUUUUCCGUUUCUGCAGCGCCGGAUAGGCACCAACGGCGUCCUGCGCCUGUGCGUCAUCGCAUAUCCGUUCUUCUUCAUCGGGUACAUGGUCAUGAACGGGCUGCUGCGGGUCCACACCGAGGUCGCCAUGGUGUGGUUCUGGAUCCUGGGGUCGAUAGUCGUCUUCGUCGGCCCGGGCGUGUCCAUGUCCUUCACGGCGGUGCAACUAGCCCUCAACGACGUCGCGCCGGAUCCUCAUCUGCUGGGCACGCUCAACGCCAUCGCGCUGACAUGCACCAGCGCGAUACGCUCCUUGGCGCCGGGCGUAUCCAGCGCCAUCUACGCAGUGGGUGCGCACAACCAGAUCUUCUACGGACAUCUGGCUUGGGUGCUGCUGGUGCCCAUCUCGGCGUCGUUGCUAUUUGUGCUGAAGCGGAUGCCGGCGGACAAGAGAUGA